AUGCAGGCUGCUUUUCAGAACUCAAAUAAGUCUUCUGAAAUCAGCAGUGUUAAUAGUAAAAAUCGAUCAGAAAGUAUAUCUAGCAACUCUCAAUAAAUUUAAGUAGGAAUAAAUUUGUAGGGAGAUUAGAACAUUAUGCCAACUAUUAUUAUUUAGAAAAGAUCGUUUCCAAUGAGAAAUGACUCGCGAAAUGAUUUUUAAAAGUGUUCAACUGCAUCAUGCUCAGCAUCUAAAAAAUCUUUACAGCCACCAAAAUAAGGUGAGUUUUAAAAUGAAAAAGAAUAAAUACACUCAGACAAACUUAUUAUGAAAAUAAAAGACGAGUAAGUAGUAAAUUCUCAAAAUUUUGCUAAAAACAAAAAGUCAUAGAAACUUUCACCAUAAUAUGAAGAUGUCAAUUAAGAAAAAUUAAGAUAAUCUUUUUAUGGCAAGAGAUUUUUUGUAGGAAAAGGUAAUAUAAGUAUUGGGCAGUAAGGAAAGUAGCAUAUUGUUGCAUUUUUAGGAUUAUUUAUUCCAAUCUCUUGCUUUAUUUUAUAUGAAGUACAAUUUCCUCAAGGUUUAUGCAGCUAUGAUGGCCUUUCGUGGAUAGUAAUAGUUUCAAUAGCAAGCAUUUUGAGUUUGUUUCUUUUUAUUUAUUGCUCAAUCAGUAAUCCUGGAUUUAUAGCUAUACCUUUAACUCAAAAGCAAAGACAUUCUCUACCAGUAGUCUAACAAAAAGGUUAAAAAUUGUUUGAUUUGCGAUACUGUUAUACUUGUCAUAUUUACCGCCCUUUACGAACUCAUCAUUGCAAAAUUUGCGAUUUAUGCGUCAUAGAGCGUGACCAUCAUUGCCCAUUUUUAAAUAAUUGCAUUGGUCAUUAAAACAGAAGAGGUUAUAUUUACUUUCUUUUGGUUAUAGUAACUAUGAAAUUACUUAUAGUGACAGAAUGCUUAUUUUAAAUUAUUUAUCCAUUUGUUGAAGAUGAUGAUUUCGUCCAAACAAUCUAACGAAUAUCUGUAAUACUAGCUAUUAUCUAAUGCAUCUAUUCGGCAAUUUUAGCAGCUAAUAUUUUAAGUUUACUAAUUUUUUAAUUUCAACUUAUAGCAAAAAAUCAUACAACUGAUGAAUUUAGGCGUCUUAUUGUACCUGAUCCUAAGCCUGUUGAUAUCGAAUUAAAUAAAGAAUUUGACUAUGGUUGCUUAUCUAAUUUUAAUCAUGUUUUAUUUUAUUCUAGGCCUUCAGAGAUAAUUUAUCAGAACUUCGAUAAAUUGGAUAAGACUUAUCUAAUUUAGAGAUAUAAUUAUUAUAAAAAGAAAGAUAUUUUAUUAGACUAAGAAGAGGAAGAAAUAAAACUAAAUAAUUAAUUUAUAAUAUAAAAUACAAAAGCGAAUAAUGCUAGUGAGAAAGUACAAUUAAAUGACAAUAAUAACAAUAAUAACAAUGAUAUUAAUAACAUCAAAAACAAUUUUCACUUCACUUCUAUGUAAUCUAAGCCUUGCAUUUCUCCACAAAAAUAAGAUUAAAAUAUCUAAGAUCAGACUAAAUUUUUUUUGUCCUCUUCAAAAGAAUCUGCAUAACGAUCCAAUUAAGCACAUUUAAAUUCGCUUUUCUAAUUAAAUAUCUAACAUAGCUAAAGUCAAAGGAUAACAGAUAAAGAGCACUCUCCUUCUUAAAUAUUUAAAGAGUAAAAUAUAUAGUUUAAUAACUAAAAUUUAGAGUAGUAAAUCUUUAAACUUGAUGAGAUUGAAAAUAACUAGGUAUCUUAAGUAGGUAAAACAAAUAAUCUAGCUCACUUGCCACCUCCUCCACUUAUCCUCGAUAAUUUAAAAUUGAGAAAAAUAUCUAAAAAUUACUCAAAUUAAGAUUUUAAAGAUGACCAACAAAAUAAUGAUAGUGAAGAAAAUUAAUAGAAUUAAUUUAAUGUUUAGCAAAUCAACCUUAAUUUAAGAAAAAAUAAAAGCCUAUUUGUUGUUACUAAAAAUAAUAGUAGCAGGAGUGAAUAUAAUAAUUAAAAUUAAGAAAACAAUAGUAGAAAUGGUACUAUAUAAUAAAGUACCAAUUCAUAUUAUCAAAAGUAAAUCUAAUCCAGUUAAGAAUAAAAAGCAAAUAAUUUGUUACAGAACAACUAAAACUAUCAAGAAUAUGAUUCUAACAUCAUCAUUUACGAAUUAAAACCUAAUGAAGAUACCUAAGUUUAAAGUACACAAAAGCGCUCUACUUUUUCUUCUUAUGCUAGUAAAAGUUAAUCAUCUAAAAACAUUGAAAAUAAUUCGUAAAAUAUAUUAGCAAGCGAAAGUACGACACCUGCUAGUUGCUUACAAAAUAAUAAUAAAAAUACUCUAGAUCAGAUUAACAAAAAAUGGUAACCAGCUAAUAUGGAUAAAUAAGAAAUUCAAAACAUUAACUUUAACUAAUUAUUAAUAUGCGAUGAUGAUGACGACACUCCUUCUUCGUAAAUAUAAUAGAAAAGGCCAGAUUAGGUAGGCAUAUAAUAUUAAUAAAAUAUUAACAGUGCCAACUCUUCAAAAAAUUUUGUAGGAUUUAAGAAUAUGAGCAGUGAUAUACUAAGUAUUUAAUCACAAUUUAUUGGAGAUAAUUCACCCAAAUAAAAUACUAUGAAUACAAAUUAAAAAGACAAUAUCUUAUUUGAUAAAAAUAAUAUAUAUCAUCAAAAUUAUAAUAAAUAAAAUUCAUCAGAUUAGUCCUCAAUAUCUUAAUUUUACUAAGAAAGUAGGUAAAAAUAAUAUAGCACAACCUCAGCUAAUACUGUUGGUUUUGAUAGAAAUUCUAUUGCUAAAUCUAAAACUAAUUCUACAAAUGAUGAAAUUCUGAGAAAUAUUAAAGGUUUUUACAACGACCCUUAAUAAGAAUAAAGCACUGAUCUACCUACAACAUUCCAUGAUUAACAAAAUAUCUAAACAUACCAAGAAAGAAUUCCAUCAAAGUUAGUCCCACACUCAGCUGUAAAUGAAAUCUAAAAUAAUGAUGACGAUUUCAAUAUUGCCCAAUCUUAAAAUAAUUAUGACAAAAAUUCUAUCAGAUAAAAAUAAAGACUACUGCAAAAAAGAAAUAAGAAGUUAUUCUAAAAUAUGCAAAAGAGUUCUUAAUAACCAAGAGCUAACAGUAAUAAUAACUCAUUUUCUUUAUGCGAUAAUUUUGUGGAUGAAAAUAUCAAUAACAUUGCUCAUA